UUUUUAUCAGGAUUUAUCAGCGCCCCCUUUUCAACAACACUGACGUGUCGUGAUUUAAUUGUCUAAUGUCUUGUUGUUAUAAUAAUAAGAUUGUUUGCUGAGGAUUCUAAAAUCUACUGAUAUUCGUUGAAAUAAAAUAAAAAAAACCAAACGACACGUCAGUUGACCUGAAAAAAAAAAAAGCUUGAUAAAGUUUAGUUGAAAUUUUAAGUUCAGUUUGUAUCAAGCACUGUGUAGAUCAACAUAAUAACCUCAUGUUGCCAUUAAUAUUAUUGAGCUUGUUGAUGGCCCAAGGCAUUUAUGCCGGUCCAGAAGAAGAUGAGGGUGUUAAGUAUGCAAAUAAUUGUGAAGCAUGUAAAGUACUUGCAAUUGAAUUACAAGCAAGAUUACGUGAAACUGGAAAAACAUCAGAAGUUUUGCAGUUGGGAUAUUCUGUUGAUGAUGUGGCUCCAAGAAAACUAAAACAAUACGUUAAAUCAGAGCUGAGGUUCAUUGAGAGUCUUGAAGGUCUUUGUGAUCGUAUUUUGGAGUACAACAUUCACAAGGAACGUACAGACAGUACAAGAUUUGCCAAAGGAAUGAGUCAAACAUUCCAGACACUUCAUGGUCUUGUUGAUAAAGGUGUCAAGGUUGAGCUUGGAAUACCAUAUGAACUUUGGGACAAACCAUCAGUUGAAAUAACAAAUAUGAAAUCACAAUGUGAAACAUUACUUGAAGAAUAUGAAGAUGAUCUCAGAGAGUGGUAUGAAGCUGAUGCUGAGGCUGAUGUUGAAAAUAGAGUUGAACUUAUUGAUUAUUUGUGUGUACAAAAAGUUCUUAAAAAUAAAGAUUCAUCAUGUUUAAAAGAAAAAGGUGAUACUGGUAAUUCAAUUGAACGCAAAGAAUCAAAAAGUGAUGAAGGAAAAACCAAAGAUGAUAAAAGUAAAAAAUCAAAUCAAGACAGUGAUGAUGAUGAUGAUGAAGAUGAUGAAGAUAGAAAAGAAAAAAUAAGACAAUUAAUCAAGAAGAAAGCAGAGGAACAAGCCAAAAAAGAUUCAAAGAAAAACUCUAAGAAAGACUCUAAAAAAGACUCAAAGAAGACUAAAAAAACCAAAAAUGAUGUCAAGAUUGAACUGUAA